AUGGACCCACUUUUUCGGUCCGUGGCUCUGAAUUCCAGACGAUUAAGUUCUUUGACAGAGAUAGGAGGAGAAGCAGCUGCUGCUCUGAAGGCUGCGAAGCAGAAUGUGACGAUCUUCGAGAGCACGACAGCUGGUCUCAUCCAAGCUGCUCUUCAGUCCGUGCCAGGAGCAUCGUCCUACACCACUUGUGGCGCUGUAACCUAUGGCAAGGAUAAGGCACAAGCAGUUCUGGGAGGCAUGGAAAUGUCUUUCCCAAGGCCGAUUGACGGACCCUCAUACAAGGCUUCCAAGAGGCAGUGGACCCAGCAGUUGGCCAGAUACAAGCGUCAAGAAGUUGGGUCAACUUGGUGCAUCUGUGAGAGCGGAGCUUGUGGCCCAACUUUUACCUAUCCCGACGUGACCAAAGGCUUUACAGCCAUCUUCGUGUCAGGCCCUGUGGAGAAAGGCUUGUUUGUAGAGUCUGAGACGAACGAGCGGGAAGAGAACAUGUGGGGCUUCACAAAGCUUGCAUUGGAUCUGCUUGCAGAGUGCAUUCUGGAGAGCAAGGAUUCUGUGGCUGAGCCUCCAAAGCAAGUUUUAGUUGCAAAAGAAGACCGAUAUGGGGGCGUUGAAGCGGAGGUGUCGGGCUUCCAUAGUGGCUCUCCUCUUGGCCUUUUCACUUCUGAGCUGCGACAAAACCUGCAGAACUGGGUUGCAGCUGGCAAGAAGGGGAUUUGGUUAAAGGUGCCGCUUGCCGCAGCAGCUUGCAUAGGACCCGCUGUCGCGCAAGGCUUUGAGUUUCACCAUGCCAAGGCAGAGUAUGUGCUGUUGACACGCUGGCUGGGCGAGGAGCCGUGCACCUUGCCAAAGUAUGGCUUCACGCAGGUGGGCGUCGGGGGUGUCGUCCUCAACAGCAAAGGUGAGGUCCUAAUGGUGCAAGAAAGGAUCUCCCCGAUGCCGCAGUUUCAAGGAAGCUGGAAGCUUCCAGGUGGUCUGGCCGACCCAGGUGAGGAUUUUGCUGAGACGGUGGUGCGGGAAGUCCAGGAAGAGACAGGAGUAACAGGCUCCCUGCUUGGACUUGUAAGCCUGCGCCACAGCCAUGGAUAUCGCUUCGGGCAAGACGAUCUUUACGUGGUCGUUAAGUUGCAGGCUCUUCAGGAGACCAUCUCCAUAGACCCGCAUGAGCUGAGCGAUGCCCAGUGGAUGAGCCCAGAUAUCAUCAAAUCCUUGGUAGUGGAAGCUGGCCAAUCCUUGGAUGGAAAGGUGUCCGAGAACAACUGGAAGGUGAUUUCCAACGCUCUCUAUGGCGCUGUGAUCGAGGGCUCAACUCUGCCAAACUCCAGAGGUGGCAAGAUGUCAAUGCUCUACACAGCACCGCAACCCCAGUAG